AUGGCUACUUCGGCUGGUGAGGCGGCCCAGCCUCAGCCUGCGGCUGGAGAUGAUGGAGGGGCGAGCCCAGGGGGCGCGUCCGUGGGAGCGCCCGCGGCUACGCCGCCCUCGGCGCAAGCUGUGACCCCAGAGAUCGUCUUGGGGCGUUUGGCAGAAGCGGUUUCUCAGCUAGCUGCAGCCAGUGGGUCGUCUGGUGGCAGUCCGUGGAAAGAGAGCAAGUGGAUCAAGAGCCCAGAGGUUUUCAGUGCUAAGACCUUAGAUGAGGAGGUUGCUCUUUGGCCCGAUUGGUCCUUCAGCUUCCGGAACUUCAUGGCAGUUCAAGAUGAUGAAUAUAGGGCUGAUUUUGAGAAAGCCGAGACUGCAACGAUGUGGGUUUCCUUUGAGGAUUAUAGUCCGGCUUUGCGAGCGCGUUCUUUGAGAUUGUAUUCGGUGCUGGCCUCCUACUUGAAGGGCCGUGCUUUGAAGAUCUUGAGAUCCGUGGCAAGUGGCGAUGGCUUUAGGGUCUGGCGGCAGUUGGCAGAAGAAUUGCAGCCAUCGUCCCGACCCCGGACGCUGGCUUUAGCACAGGCCCUCACCAAGUUCCCACCUCUUCGAGAUGGCGGUUCAGUCUUAGAGUAUGCUCUCACGUUCGAAAAACUGGUCUCGGAGUACGAAAAGGCCUCCUCCAAGACCUACCCAGACGAUUUAAAGAUAGGGACCCUCCUCAGUGGCCUACCCCAAGAUGUGAAGCGCUACUUGCAGUUGCAGAUAGAUGAUUCAACAACUUAUCAGAAGCUGAGGGGCAUCUUGCUGCAGUUUGAGCGCACUUCAACAACUUGGAGCACGGAGUAUGUCAUGAAAGCCAUAGGCCUCGAUAAGAACUCGUACCCAGGAGAUGGACAAGGUCUUGCCCCAAUGGACGUGGACCGCGGGUUUAAGGGCUACAAGGGGUACUACCAGACCGGCAAGGGCAAACCUGGUUUUGGCAAGGGCUUUCAGUUCGGUGGCUUCGGAAAAGGCAACCAGGACAAAGGCAAGGGCUACAAGGGCAAGUGGGCCCAUGAAGGCGGCAAGCAGGGCAAGAAAGGUGGAGCUGUUAAGGGUCCUUGCUUUGUGUGUGGUCGCAUGGGUCACCGAGCAGCUGAGUGCAGAGAUCGCCGCGUGAACCAAGUUGAAGACGAUAAUGCCUCUGUUUGCCGCAUGGAGCUGGACACGUGGCCGCUGAUCGAGGAGCUCCCAGACGACGAUGGUGACAACACUGGGGCUUGGCAUAGCACUGCUUUGGUUUCGGAGGUUGACUUUUACGAGGGUGAAGAAGCUUGGGAUGAGUAUGGCUGGUGGGAUGAAUCCGAAAUUCCUGCUGAAGCCUAUGAGUACAUCAGGGUAGACUUUGCAAGCGUCGAGUGCUUUGAGCUAGAGUGUGAGCUUCCUUCCACCAGCACGCUUUGCUUCGAGCUUGAUCGUGACAGCAGCGGAGAUGAGUUUUUCCGAGAGUGCAGUUCUGAAUGCGACUGUGAAGUUCGUGCGGUGUGCUGCCCUACGGACCCUUCCGAGCCCUGUGAAGUCAUCUUGGAUUCAGGUGCUGAUGUCACUGUGCUUCCAGCGCAUCUCUUCAGCACCGUCGGUGUGGCGGAGAAGCAGACUACUCGGCUCUUGGAUGCCCAAGGCACGCCGAUUCCGCAGAUGUCGCAGAGAGCCAAUGUUUCCUUUGUGGUGCAAGGGCUUGAUGGUCGAGAGAUUGUUUUCCGAGAUCGAGCGGUGCUAGCAAAUGUUCGGCAACCUUUGUUAUGUGCUGGUAAGCUGUUUCGCGGUGGCUGGUAUCCGAAAGCUAGUUCUACAGAAGACGGCGUCAUGGUGAUGUGCAAAGGCGAUCAAGAGUUUCCCCUCCACUUUGCCCGAAAUUCUGUUGCAGCCACCAUGCGCAUUCUGAGGACCGAAGAAGCUUGUGUACGCGUGGUGAUUGAGGUGAGCGAUGAGUUCUUAGCUGGACUCAAGCGGCAAGGCUGGCAAGUGACUUCGGGAUCAACGCCCACACAUGUGCAAUGGAACUCUACAGUGACUGCAGACCCCAGCCAGCUUUAUGACCCCGAGAUCCUGCCUCUUCGUACCACGUUGGUGCACAAAGGGGAGAACAGGUUUGAGAUUUUCGAGUGCGGUGAGAAUUGGGAGUUGAAGCCUGUGGUGGAUAUAGGGUGCCAGCCGACUAGGAUCGUGACCUUGUUGACUCAGAACGCCUUGGCUGCCACUGACCUGGGAAAAGUUGUUGCUGACCCUCAAUCCCCUCUGGUUCCCAGGUUACCUGCUGCGUCUCAAGAAGAAGCUGCCGAACCUGGAGAAGCAGAUGAUGGAGUUCAACAGCCAGGCGCGCCCGUGGGCGGACCGGAGAUGCAAGAAGUGCCAUUGGAAGGCGAGGUGGUGAAGGUAGGUGACAAGGAGUUUCGUGAAACCUCUAGCCUUCGUGAUCUUCGCUGGGCGUGCCGCUACUUGAAGCUUCCGCAGAGUGGUGCUAAGAGUUUGUUGUGGACGCGUUUGCAGAAAGAGAUUGCACUCAACAAGCUCAAGUCAGCUGUGCAAGCAAGUGAUGCAGUCAUAGCAGAGUACACCCCUGAUGUCAAUCACGGCCCUCUUCCUCAACGCCCCGACAACAAACCGGCCGUGGAAGAGCUGGUCAAGAUGGCUUCGAUCCUCGGCUUUGACCAGGUCACCCUUAGAGGGGACAGCGAGCCUUCAAUGAAGAAGCUUUUGCAGAUGGUGCAGAUGGCUAGGACACGGUUGGGGUUAAAGACUGAGAUUGAGACGGCAAACCCCGACUCCAGUGAACAUCAGGGAUUGAGAGCAGAGCGCUACAUAGAUAAAGUUCGCCGCCUUGGUCUUUGCCUCUUGCACACCGUGUCUGCCAAUUCGAAAGUCGAGUUGAAAUCGAGCCACCCGUUGUACCAGUGGAGCUUCAGGCAUGCAGCCUUCUUACUGACGCGUUACCAUGUUCACACAGAUGGGGUCACUUCGUUCGAGUUGGUCCAUGGGCGAAAGUUCGAUGCAAAGAUUGCAGCGUUUGGGUCGGUCGUCUUUUGCCAACUGUUACCCAAGCCGAAGACGAAAGGGAUUCCAUGGGAAAAGUGUGUGUACCUCGGCCGUUCCUCAAUGGGUUCUUUGAGCAUCGUCUCUUCCAGCAAGGGCAUAGGGUAUGCACGGACAGUUCGGAGAGCAGCUGAAGUAUAUCAAGCAGAUGCUUUGCUGGCAAUGCGCGGUGUUCCUUGGAAUCCUUUGCAAGAUGUAGUCACCAUGCGUGUUCCUCGGGGCCCCCGAGUACGGGUUCCGUUGCUUGUUGAUGCAGCACCUUCUGCUGCACCACCCGGGGACGAAGCGGCCAGUGAUCCUCCAACCUCGGCGACUUCAGAAGCACCUGCAGGCAGCCCCGGGGAGAGCAUCUUAGAUGGGUUGAGUGGAGCUGCCAGCAACAGCUCACACGAGCUCAUCCCAGCCGACAUGGAGGUUGGAAGGGUUGAGUGGUUUCCCGUUCGUGUGGUAGAUGCAGAAAAGCCGCAUGGACACGAAGAUGACAUUGUGGUGUGUGACCCUGAAGAGAGUUUGGAGCUGCAGUGCGACGAGGGCUUUGCAAGUGAAGAGGAAGGCGUUCCCGAAACUUCUGACGGUGAGAGAGGUGACGCAGGGAUGCCUUGGGAAGGCCGUGAGUAUGUAGAGGGACCCCCAGAACUCGAAGCUCAGGCUUUGGCUGACCUUGACAAGCAGAUGGAGCUCAAGGAGCUCGACCGCCUCCUUGGCAUGACAGUGCUGAGACCGAUGAAUGGAGAGCAAGAUAGAGAAGGGAAAGUGCGUCUUCAAUGCAAGUAUGUGCUGGACUGGCGAUAUAGGAAUGGUUGGUUGCGUCGUGCACGGCUUGUUGCAAAAGAAUACCGGUUUCUCGAGCCCUCGCUGACGGACCUGUAUAGUCCUGCUUCGGUGUCCUGUAGCCACAAACUACUUGCGUGUUUGGCUGCAGGGAACAGCUCAUUGGAGCUGCUGAGCGUCGACAUUACCGACGCUUACUUGCAAGUGAGACAGAGGCGGCCCACGUACAUCCAGACCCACAUCGGCGACCUAGAACUCCUUUACAAUCUACCCGGUCAGAGAGCAGGGGCAAAAGAUUGGUUCACCCACCUCCUCGGGAUCCUAAAGAACAAAGGCCUCAACAGCUUCAUCGGCAACCCUUCUCUGUUCUGCGUAGAGCAAAAGUUGGCGCUGAACAGCCAUGUCGAUGAUAUGCAAAUUCUAGGACCCAGGGGUGCGCCCAUGCAAUUGGCCAGUGACCUCAAGGCUGAAGGCUUGAGGUUGAAAGUGGAUGGCCCCGUUGACUUGGGUAGUGGCUGUUCCCAUUUCUUGAAGAAGAAGUUCCAAGGGCUCGGUGACGCCAUUGAGGUGACCCAGGAUACAAAGUAUGCAGAAAGGCUUCAGUCAAUCUUGGGUUUGGAGAAAGCUCACGGCAAGCAAAAUCCGAGUCCACCCAAGAUUCCCGCGCCAGGGCAAGGAGCGAGCUUAGACUCCGAGCACCUCCACCUCUAUAAGCGGUGCGUGGGUAUCCUCAUGUACAUGAGUGCUGAGAGACCAGACUUGCAGUACAUGGUGAAGGUGUUGUCUUCGAGGAAUAGUUCCCCUACCGUUGAGGACUUUGGUCUGUUGCGUCAUGUCGUGAAGUACCUCAAGUUACACCCAGUGAUCCCGAUUAGGUUGGAGAGGACCAAGCCAGGGAAGACCUUGAAGCAGAAGUGGGACGGUGUAGAUCCUGAUGAACCCGAAGAUCCCAACAUGCCGUUUGGAGCACACCAUGUGUUGGAGGUAGUGACUGACGCAGAUUGGGGAAGCCAAGCCUUCUCAGAUCGGAGAUCGAUAUCUUCGUUCUGCAUAUUCCUCAACGGCAACCUGUGCCACGCAGGUAACAAAGUGCAGAAGACGAUCAGCCUCAGUUCUGCCGAGUCCGAGCUGAUGGCCACCUUGCUUGGACUCUCGGAGGGAAUAUUCCUUAAGCACAUGUUGCAGUUUUUGGUUGGUUCCCAAGCUACGGUAAAGUUGGUGCACAUGGUCGACAAUGCGGCUACCAGAAGUAUCCUUCAACGCCAAGGGCUAGGAAGAACUCGACACAUCAGCUUAGGGUACUUGUGGGCGCAGAAAGCGCUCAACGAAGGAGUGUAUGAAACGAAGGCCAUUCCAACCAAAGAUUGCCCAGCUGAUUUGCAGACGAAGCCGCAUCCGCGUACCAGGAUGAAUCAUCUCAUGAGCCUCAUGGGUCUCGGCAUUAACCACAGUGUGAUGGUGAACCAAGUUAGUGCCACGCCAAUCGCGACCAACAUGGGAGCCGGUCAAAUCCUUAGAGCUUUAGCGCUUUUGCUCGAGGGGGGAGUUGUGACCGGCCAGUUUGCGCAGAUGAGCGGCCAUGCUUCGAGUACGACUUCGGGGUUUGAGUUCCUGUUCGGCCUGAGUGCGCAGAAGCUUCACUUCGCAAUGUUCUUUGUGAUGAUGGUGUGCAUGAUCGGACUGGUGAUUUACAUGGCGCCCAAGAGGCGCUGGAAUCGCGAGUCCACCGCCUCCAGCGACAACAUGAACCAAGUGCGAGAUCGAGUACAUCAGUGGUUCUCCCGGGAGUUAGGAAUCAUUGAGGAUGGCAUCGCUAACCAUGGCGAGCCCGGUGGCACUUGUGAAGACACAAGUUGGAGGGCGAGUCAGCCCUCAAGUUCUACAGCGCGCGAUGGUGGAGAUGAGCGUUGGCUUCUUUGUCCUUUUGAAGGUGCACACGGCAGUGACGACGAAGGGGGAGCCAACGAAGCUUACACACAGAGCUACUACUACGACGGCGAGGAGCAGGAGGAGCACAACGUCGAGAACGAGGUCCAGGACGUUCCUCAUGAUCCUCGCGGUGAUCCUGAGGACAAGGUCUACAUCAUCGGCGAGGCGAAGCGCGGCAAGAGUUACCACAAGGUCUCGUGUGGAAACGUGGUGCGUUGGAUGAGUCAUCUCCCAUCCAAUGUUAAGAAGAUCGACCGCCAGGUUGCAGUGAACAAGCAGCUCAAAGCCUGCAAGCAGUGUAAGCCGUGA